GACGAUGGAGAUUGGUCACACCGACGGCCACAUCAAAUCUGGGGGUCUAGCGUGUGACCCUGUUAUUUCUAUCCUAUAAUAAAAUAGCUGUGUAAUUCUUGUAAAGUUCUGCUUUGUUGAAAUAGAAAUAUAGUAAAUUAUAGUGUUAUUUAUGUGUAAAAUAUGGAACGUGCAACUGGAACUGAGGUGUUCGGGUGUGGCUCGACCCAAUCCUCGGACAUAACGCUAAAUGUACAAACGACGACUGGUGGUAAUUUCUCCAUUAGCGUGAACUGUAAAAAUUCAGUGGAGUAUUUGAAGAAACUUGUUUCGAGGAAAUUGAAAGUGUCUAAGGAUCGAAUAUGUUUGCUUCAUCGUGAAAGACAACUGAUAGACGGGACAUUAGAAGAAAACGGCCUGUUGGAUGGAUCACGCAUUACUUUACUUCCGAGUAUCGAGACAGGGCUUCUGAGCCAGAGAUCAGAGAACUCAGUGAUGCAAGCAUUGGAAACCUUAAAUGAUAAUCAAGUGAAUGACUUUCUAAGUGGCAGGUCACCUUUAAAUCUUACCAUGAGACUAGGAGACCACAUGAUGUUAAUCCAGCUGCAGUUAUCCACCCUGAACUCUAGUGCAGCUAGUGCUAGCCGCUCAUUAAGGACAUCAACACCUACAAAAAGUACUGCACACACAAAAGCUGACAGUGAGCCAGCAGGCCCCCAGACAGCCCCUCCCAAAACACAAAAUGAAGUUAAUCCUGUAACUGAUGACAAACACAAAGAGGAGUUACAUGGGUUAGAAAAACAGGAUUUAGACUUGUUACAGAAUGCAUUUGACUUAUACAGGUCAAUGGCUGAAGAGAAAUAUGCAGAGAAAAUUGAAGCACACAAAGAAGAUGCAUUGAACUCUUCAAAUUGCACAUUGUCUGACUUGACUGAUACAUCUGUGGAGAGUGAACAAUCUCCCAUAAAGUCCCUAUCUAACUUGGUGUCUAGUCCUAUACAUGCUACAUCUGAGAACAGAGAUGCGAAAGCAAUAGCAAACUCUGUAAAAAGUAGCUUGUUAGACUUAUUAUCAAAUAAAUCAGUGAAUGAUAUGCCAUCAACUAGUGCAUGUGAUAAGCCAUGCACAUCAACACAUACAGACAGUUCAAUGAGUGAUGAUAGUGAUAAUUUUACUGAGCAAAGUUCUUUUCUGGCUGAAAAUACUAUAGAUGAAUAUCCAAUGGAGAAUUUGUUUAAUAGUGCAGUUGAUAAAGGGCUGUUCACAGAGCAGGAUGAGACAAUGAUGGACCGUGAAAUAUCAAACUUGGCCACCACUAGUCAUGGCACUCAGGAGUCAACUUCAGGCCCACUACCAUCCUUUCAAAGUAUAAAUGAACCAUUGAAAAAUAAAAGAUUCCAAUAUUUAUUGCACAAGACAUCCAAGUUCAAGCAUCCUAUUGGUCAAAACAAGCAGAAAGCUUUCAUGCAGGUUGCCAAUAAGAAUAAGAAAAGUGUUCAAACUGAUACAUCCUUCCCACAACCAUCUACCUCAAAAGUGGAGCCCUCCACGCCUAAAAAGACUGCAACUGGUAGUCAAACAGAUAUAUAUGCAAUACCAUCAACUUCAAAGCAAACUCCUGCUUCCUCAGAGGAAGGCCCAGUUAUAGAUACCAAGGCUUUAAAGGAAGCAUCUAGAAGUCUAACACAGAAGUUAAGGAAAUUAUCAAAGGAAGUGUUGACAAAGAAAAUUGAUCUCAAGACAUUGGAACAAUCAGUGCGGUCAAAGAUUAGUCCUGGAGCCGUGAUUGAGUCAAUGAAGCACCACGGCAGGGGAAUAUACUCUGGAACAUUUUCUGGGACACUCAAUCCUGCUCUUCAAGACAGAUAUGGCCGACCAAAGAGGGAUAUAUCCACUAUAAUUCAUAUUCUAAAUGAUUUGCUAUGUGCUACGCCACCUUUAAACCAGAAGGAUUUGAAGCACACGUGUACCAAUACGAAUUUAGACGAAGGCAACAAAUGCCCAAACUGCAGUCAAGCGACGUGUUCCUACGGCCAGUGCGACGGCCACCAUCCCUCCACCUCUAGUAGAAAAACUUGUACCUGCACCAAGGACUGCCAAUGUAAUCGCCUUAACCCUACGCUAUGUUUAAAUUGCGAGGGAAAAUCCAGCAUGAACGAAUUGUGUCAGAAGUGCUCUAUGGCCAAGACAAUAGCGAUGGAAAAUACGAAAACCAAAUGUAAGUUGGAACAGCUGAGGCUCGUUAUGCAGCAGAAGAAGGAGAGACGAGAAGCCCGCAAGUUAAAGACCCUUCCUUACCCGACGCCAACUAAAACUAUAGCGGCACCCGAAAAGGAGGAAAUCGAAACUAUUGCUUAAUCCAUCUCCGUUUAGCUGCUGCAUUGCCAGUACGAACAACUUGUGCAAAUAUAAGUGUCGCUGUAAAAUAACCUUUACUUGAUACAUGCCGCGCGAUAAAUUUCUACAAUGUUAGUUCAUACUGACAAUGAUAGCAAUGUGUAUACAUUUUUAUGUGUUACUAUAGUAACACAUUUGUAUAGCGAGCUACACUAUUCUAAAUUAGCGUAUUUAAAAGAGUUUGGUCUGUAGGCGUAAAUCUUAAGUGUUGUAUGUACAAAUAAUAGUUAAUUAGCAAAAUAUUAGUUAUAGUGUAUUUGUAUAGACUCCUCUGACAAUGUUGCCCUGGUGCGGUCAAUCGGAUCUUUUGUUGUUAUACUUUUUUUAUUUUAUUGGGUCCAUACUUUUUUAGACAUUUUGUUUACCUAGUUCAUUUUUAGAUAUCUGUUGAUUGAAGUACAUUUUGGACAAUAAGUUUUUAAUAUUAAAAUUUAUUAUUAUUGCAUGAUGGAAUAUGGAGUUAAAUUUUCGUUUAUUAAAACUGUUUGGAAAAUGAAGACGGUUUCUUGUUUCUUAGUAUUUAAUGAACUCCAUGUUUUAUUUGCUUGAUUGGCACUGUUAUUUUUAGUUAUUUGUUUUUUCAAAAAAUAUGUUAUUUAAAAUAAAUGUUUCCUUACUCACCUCACUCAUAUAGUUUUUUUUAUUAUAAAAAAAUAUAGCAUAUAAAUAGGAAUAUUGGAACAGCAGUGUUAAAUGCUCUAUCCUAAAAAUAUCUAAAUAAUAUUAGUAUUAAUUGCUUUGUAUAUUAUAGAUAUUAAGAGUGCUUUUUACUCUUGAGUUAAAAACUAAAUUCCAAAAUUAGCACUUAAUACAAAGUAUCAUAUUGUAAUAGAUUUGAAAUAUAUAACGGUCUCACAUACUAUUAAACAUAGAAUUAUCGGGCAAAAAUGGAAACUUUAGUUUCACAUAUACCUACACAAUAUGAGGACAGAAAAAUUAUAUUUUGUUAGCAAUAUUUAUCAUCAAAGCUUUUAUUUAGUAGCGACAGAGUAUUAAAGGCAGGACAGGUUUCAUGUAUUUUUAUCAUUUACAAUCACACGAAUGCCUUAGGAACAUUAUAACGGGUAAGCUUAGAUAUAUUUUCGAUUUGUGACGAGUGACUUAUUUUUAUAAUGAUGAUUUCUGAUGAAUUAUGUUUACGAAGGUAGUCUAUGUCUUCCGCGUCUACACAUUUUUCGCCACGUCAUAAUUCCUUGUCUUGGUUUGGGACCAAGAGUUUCAAUUCCAAAAGCAAUACAAAUCAGUGUGAAACAUGAAGUGCCUAUUUAUGUGUAGAAAAUAAUUGUGUUGUGCCAUAUUUGUAUAGCUAUACACCACGUUCACAUGUCGGUGUGGCACUUUCCAUUUUUACUGUUUUCGACACUAAACAAAAUUAAAAAAUAUAGACAUCAUAUAAUAUUGUUGAAUAAGAUCUAUGUAAAUAAGUUUGUUACCACGCUAGCUACGAAAUAUUUUGUUAUGAUAUGAAAAUUAAUAAGUAUUUAGGCUAAUCGGUUUGAGGAGGUCGUGAAUUGUUUUUGUCCUUGUAUUUCGCAUGUAUAGUGAGAAUAAAAUUACUUAACUA